AUGAGAUGGAAUGGUCAAUCCAGUUCUAGUCUUGAUACUCCAAACCAUGUCAGUUUCCGUCAAUUCUUAGGUGAUGAUUUUUGGCUUUCGCCUCUUGGUGAUCAGACUGGUGGUCAAAGGUUUAACCCUUACCUAGAGAACGUUAGGUUGAGCACGGGUAAUGUUGUCAGUACUGAGCGUGGCCCAAUUGGCCCAUCAUUUUUGCCAGGGCAAGCCAAUUCUGGUCCUGUCCAGCCCAACUUAGACUUGAAUGCUGCACAUGAAGAUGAAGGCAAUAGAAUUGAAGCAAGUCAGGAUCAGGAUAAUGGGCCACACUUAUCCUUAAACAUUUUCACAGCAGGAGCAGCAGCUGGUGAUCGCAUCCCACCUUCCGGUAGUUCUUCAAGCCCGGUCAUGAUUUAUUCUGGAAUCGCGGGAUAUGUUUUAGAAGAAAAUAUCAGCAGAGAGGGUCUUCCGGCGGAUGGCCGGAGAAGGCUUUUAUGCAAAAGAAGGGCGCCUGAAUAUUCUUCUGGUGAUAAUUCAAGCUCCACACAGCAAGCUGGUAAUUUUGAGCAGCCAGCUGUUACGGUUACUGCCCAAAAUAAUGCCUUUAGCAGCUUAACUGCAGCUAGUUCCUUUAAUAAUCACCUGAAUAGCAGUCAUUCAGCAGGACUUGUAGCUGCUCUGCCAACACCUUCUAACGUCCAUCAAAUUGCAAAUGAGGCUGCACAAGUAGACAACUUUCAAAGAAAUAUCCGUUUGAGAAGAACUGCAGGCCAACAAAAUCCUACACCAGCAAACUUGUCGCCCUGGAACUCAAUCGAUUCUAAUGUACAAGUACAAACAACUGGUCAAUCAGCAGUAUUUUCUCCAUUUGACCGCUUUCAAAAUACAAGCUUAGCACCAACGCCAGUUUCGGUAACUCCAGCCAUGCAGCCCAUUGCACAAGUCUCUAAUUCGUGGCUAUUUCCGCAACCUUCCCAGUGGAAUGGGCCAACCAUGUCAUGGGGUGCUUCGUCAUCGAUCUCACCUUCAAGAGAAGCUUUCGGUCAGGAAGAGAACUUAACAAACAACAGUAGAAAUAUGAUGAUUCCUUUGCCAAACAUGCCAGGAAACCUGAACUUGGCCAGUGGGAAUGCAAACUUUCUUGGAAACACUGCCUCCUCUUCGAGAAACCAAUCCUGUUCAGCCAUGGAGAUUCUACCAACUUCUUCCAUAAGGUCCCCUCAACCAAAUAUGGUUGAAUAUGCACAAAGAUUGCAAGAGAUUGUCAAUCGCUCUGAGGCCUGGAGGCAGGGGAAUUACUGCCCAAUACAUUCUGGGGCUUCUCCUGCUGUGCGAGAUAUGGACCUUUUAGUGAGAGGUGGUAAUGCCAGGCCUGCCCAGGUUCCUCUGAGGUUGGGAUCGAGAACUGAGAGACAGGCUGGUCGUCAUUCUGAAGUGUCACCUACAGCACCAUCUCAAACUGCUGCUCAAAGGAGAAGUAGACUGGUAUCCGAGGUUCGCAAUGCCUUGGGACUUGUUCGUAGGGCUGGCGGCUUACGACUUGAGGAUGUCAUGGUAAUCGAUCGUUCAGUUUUGUAUGGUGUGCCUGGGGCGCCAGAUGUUCAUGAUGCUAUGCGCCUUGAUGUUGACAAUAUGUCCUAUGAGGAACUACUGGAACUGGAAGAGCAAAUGGGGAGCGUUUGCACUGGGCUGAGCGAUGAAGCUAUUAUGGCCAACCUGAGGAGGAGAAAAUAUCUGUCCAUCACAACUGGACCUACAGUAGAAGCUGAACCAUGUUGUAUCUGUCAGGAGGACUAUGUUAAUGGAGAAGAGCUUGGUAAGCUAGAUUGCGGUCAUGACUUUCACUUCAAUUGCAUUAAGCAAUGGCUUGUGCAGAAGAAUUCAUGCCCCAUAUGCAAAAAGACAGCUUUGGCUAUUUGAGAGCAGGAUCACCAUUCUGACGCCUCCUUUUGAUCUGACAAAAGAUCAUACGCUGAUUUUAUGGAGCUGCCUAUGGAUCAUUGCCUCAGUAUCUUCAGAAUGAUUGUUUAUUUACUUUUCCUUCCCUUCAUUUCACAGGUUUUCAUGUUAGCAACAGCCAAGUCUAUGAGAACGAGACACCUCAGUUUCUCAUACUCUUCUUUCCUUUCUCCACAAGGUGGAUGCUUUUUCAGGCUGGGCUGGCAUGAGAGCACAUCCUCCAAGGCCAGGGAGCUGUGAAAUAAAUUUUAGUUUUCAAAAUUUGCUUUUACAAUUGAAUGAACUCGGAAAAAAACGGCUCUUUUGUAGAGAUGAGGGAAACGAAACCUCUGUAGAAUCACCAAGCUUCUUGGAUUAAUGUAGUGAAAAGCUGAUGGUUUUGAGUUAGUUAAGACUGACUUUGCACCUUCUGAAUUAUCCAUCUAUGUUAUGUUCGAUCUU